UUGUUUACACUUGAAGGUCAGUCGACUAAAAAGCAUUGGGAACGAAAGUUCAUAACAUAUAUUUUUGAAAAGAGCUGCAGAAGAUCCGUACAAAAUGCCGCGUCAUAAGCCCACCAGAAAGACCGAUGUCAUCGGCAGCUUGGACUUGAAUCCCGAGGAGUCGGUGGGCGAAUACCUCAUCUCUCGCCAGCAAGAACGCUUUUUUGUAAAACCGCCAAAUUGGGAUUCGGCGGGAGACUCCGUUGAGAUGCUCUACAUAGCCAAUGCUCGAGAGCAUGAUGCCAUGCUGGAGCUGCAGCGCCAGCUGCUGGAGGAGGCCCAGCGCGAGAAGGAGCUCAACCAUCAGCGCAUUGCGCAGAUGUAUCGGGUGCAGGAGCGCUUGAGGAAGCGUUUCAUUGAGGUGAAUGGCUUUAUCAAGGACUGCGCGGACAAGAAGCGAACUGCCGAAACGAUCAUACGCCAGGAGGAAGCACUCCAUGACGAACUGACCAAAGGCAUUGAUGAGUUCAAGAGGUCGGUUAGCGUUCUAAGCACCUUUCGCACUGCUCUCAAGGAGACUGUGCGUGAAUUCCAACCGUACGAAAGGGUUCUCGAUGAAGUGGUAAAGAAAUCGGACAUUUUUGUUUCUCCGAAAGAUUGUUUGGAUCGUUGCGAUGCUUUAAUGCUCGCCCAGGUUGAAAUCAAUGAGCUGGAGAACACUAAGCUACAAGAGAUCGAGGAGAUGCGCCUGCGCAUGGUCAAGAUAACGAAUGAAGCAGCUUUAACCGUGCUGGGUCUGAAAAACGAUCUGGCCAAGCUUGAGCGUUCCUAUAACCAAUCAAGGGCUCUGGGUCUUAGGUGGGAGAAGACGUUGAGUCUUUGUAAGGAUACGAUUAGCAACAACGAUUUGGACAAAGAUCGCGCGCUGGAUGGACUCCAAAUAUUGUACCGCAUGCUAUGCAAGCGUCGUGAUAUCGACGCCCAUUAUAAUCGACGCGAUGUAGAGAAGAGCGUGGACUUCAUCAAGCGUGAAAUAGAGCUGCUGACUCUAGUUUUGCGUGAGCUAGAGAAAGGCACCACCAAAGGGAGCAAGUCUGCACACCUGGAUAGCGCUCUAUGUGGAUAAAAGGUACAAUUUAAGGCUAAGCUAAGUUCUCUGAAUAAAGUUUAAAGGCAAUGCAAAAUCAGGCCUAUUCGAGUUGGGAGUUUAUUGCGCAUUCGACUAACUCUUAACUAAUCCAAUUCCCAAAACGUAUGCUUGUGUCUUAUAAAUUUGUUGCCGAAGCAAAUCAAAUCAAAUUUAAUAAUAAAAAAACUUCGACGCAGUCACAUAGACAGAAUUUGGACAACUUCUCAAGUGGCUGUCGAUUGGGGGAAAGCACUUCAAAUACAGAACUGACGAGGCAGACAGAAACGGAGGCAGACAGGAACAGGGACUGAGCCUGAGCCAGCUCCAGCGCCGGCAAAUAAAUUUUACGUUCGGCAGCAAGUCGACAAAUCGAAUCUCUUGCAUCUUUCCAUUCAAUUGCCAAUUGGAUUCUAUGGCCAGAGAUAAUCCAACUUAAGCAGAGAUAAUUCUUUUAUGCGAACAUUUUGAUUUCGAUUUCUGUCCCCGCAUUUACAACUCGAGCGAGUGGCACGAGGCAUGAGCAAUAGAACUAGCAACUAAUUUCAUGCCGCCAAUGCCACGCCCAGUUCCAAAGAAGUUUCAACUGCAUUUCAACGGGGAUUGGGGCGUGUCGUUUGUCUUUAUUCAAUUUACUUUAUUUGAUUUGCGACUUUUGUCGGUAUCAGCCGAAGCAG